AUGAACUCGAUCGGCUCGACGUUCGAACCCGAUGCUUCGGGCGACCCUCCCAAGCAGACCACCUCUCUCCCUACCCUAAAACUCAACGACGGCAAUGAGAUCCCCAUGCUUGCCUAUGGACUCGGGACCGCCAGGGGCAAAUGGGGCGCCGCGGCCGCUGGCUCGCUCGACAACGACAUUGUCCAGCUGGCCAAGACGGCCAUCCAAUCCGGCUACCGCCAUCUCGACGGCGCCGAAGUGUACGGGAACGAAGCUGAGCUCGGCGCUGCAAUCAAGGCGGCCAAGGUUCCCCGCGAGCAGCUCUUCGUCACCACAAAGAUCAGCGCCACCGACAAGAAGUCGACCAAUGAGGCCUUUGACCUGUCCCUGAAGAAGCUCGGUCUCGACUACGUCGACCUGUACCUCAUCCACGGCCCCUGGUUUGCGGAUUCCGAGGCCGAGCUGCAGCAGAAGUGGGCCGACCUUGAGGCUAUCAAGGCAUCGGGACGGGCCAAGUCCAUCGGCGUCUCCAACUUCCUCCAGGAGCACAUCGAGGUUCUGCUCAAGACGGCCAAGACCCCGCCGGCAAUCAACCAGAUCGAGUUCCACCCCUAUCUGCAGCACGGCCAUCUCGUCGACUUUCACAACAGAAACAACAUUGCCGUCGCCUGCUACGGGCCCCUCGCUCCUCUCACCUCGGCCAAGGGCGGCCCGGUUGACGCUGCCUGGCAGCAGCUGGCGGAAAAGUACGGGGUGACUGAAUCCGAGAUUGGGCUGAGGUGGUGCAUUGACCAAGGGCUAGUGGUCAUCACCACCAGCUCAAAGAAGGAUCGCAUGGAGCGUUAUCUAUCCAAGCUGCCCCUGAUCAAGCUGACUCCCAAAGAGGUUGGCGACAUAUCCGAGCUGGGAAAGCAGAAGCAUUUCCGUGGUUUUUGGAAGGACAAGUUUGGCCAAGAUGACAGGCGGUGA